GGACAUCAUCUGAAGCAAUAUGUACUAAUCACCUCCCUUGCUUAUAGUUCCGUAUGAAGGCGUAAGUUGCUCCCUGCCGAUAAACACCUCGAAGGAUCGACCCCGCCUCCACAAUACCCCGCGACCGCCCUUUUGUUUACACUUUGACCAACGCAUUGCCAGUGAUCUCCUCAACACCGUAGUCUUCACCGUGGGCUUGCUUGCCGGGCUUCGCUCCAGAAAGCUGAGUGGACAAUGGGUUGGUGUCAUGGUCACCGCCAGUCACAACCCCGCGGAAGAUAAUGGCGUCAAGUUGAUUGAUCCCAUGGUGAGUCGAUGUGAACCUCGCCAGUAUGAAGUAUUGGCAAUGAUACGAUAGGUGACUAACCUUGCAUAGGGUGAAAUGCUGGAGGUAAGCUCCCAGAGCUGCAAGAUACUGAAAUGCGACCACUUUCUCACAUCGGUGUAGGCUGAGUGGGAAACAUAUGCCACCAGACUUGCCAACGCCCCGCUUGACAAGGUUGGCGAUGUCUUUGACGAACUCAUCAAGGAGAUUGAUGUCAGCAUGGAGAACCCAGCUCGUGUCGUCUUCGCUCGCGACACUCGUGCCUCUGGCUCGCGUCUGGUCUCUGUCAUCAACGCCGCCCUUACCGCUUCGGAGGUCGAAUUCCUCGAUCUGAAGUACAUGACCACCCCUCAGCUCCACUAUGUUGUGCGCUGCAAGAACACCCUGGGCACCCAGUAUGAGUAUGGAGAGCCCACAGAGCAGGGCUACUAUGAGAAGCUUGCCGAAGCUUUCAAGAGAGUUAUGCGUGGUGUCAAGGUCAAGGGCUCCUUGACCGUGGACUGCGCGAACGGUGUUGGCGGACCCAAGCUGAGAGAGCUCAUCAAGUACCUGCCCGGCCCGGAGGAGGGUGGCAUGGAUAUCAAGAUUGUUAAUGAUGAUGUCAUUAACCCUGAUAGCCUGAACUUUGAAUGUGGUGCCGAUUAUGUCAAAACGAAACAACGGGCCCCACCAUCCUCCAAGGCAGCUGCUCUUGACCGCUGUGCCUCGUUGGAUGGUGAUGCCGAUCGUAUCGUGUACUACUUCAUCGACGAGAGCAACACUUUCAGGUUGCUUGAUGGUGACCGCAUUGCCACUCUUGCGGCCUCCUUCAUCGGCGAUCUUGCGCGCAGCGCUGGAAUUGCGCAGAAGCUCAAGAUCGGCGUCGUCCAGACUGCUUAUGCGAAUGGUUCUAGCACGGACUACAUCGAGAAGGUCCUGAAGCUGCCUUCCGUUUGCACCAAUACCGGUGUUAAGCAUCUGCACCAUGCGGCCUUGCGCUUCGAUGUUGGCGUCUACUUUGAAGCCAACGGUCACGGUACCAUCACUUUCUCUGAGACCGCCUUGAAGACCAUUAAGAACACCGAGCCUCAGUCUCCUGCCCAGCAGCGCUCCCUUGAGUGCCUCCAGGCUCUCACUGACCUGAUCAACCAAGCGGUCGGUGAUGCCAUCUCCGACAUGCUCCUUGUCGAAGCUAUUCUUGCUCACAAGGGCUGGAGCCCCAAGGAAUGGCUUGCCACUUACACCGACCUUCCCUCGCGACUUGUCCGCGUGGAGGUUGCAGACCGCUCCAUCUUCAAGGCUUACGAUGCCGAGCGCAAGCUCGAGUCGCCCGCCGGCCUGCAGGCUAAGAUUGAGUCUCUCCAGUCCCGCUACAACAAGGGCAGAAGUUUUGCCCGUGCAAGUGGCACGGAAGAUGCGGUGCGUGUCUAUGCCGAGGCAGCAAGCCGCUCUGAAGCGGACGAUCUUGCUACCCGUGUCGCCAACGCCGUCCGCGAGGCUGGCACUGCCAAGGAAACAUUGCAGUCUGCUUGAACCCAUGCUGCCUUGGAUUGACGGACUGCUCUAAAUAGCAAAGUCCGCUUCACCUGCAAAAAGAUAUCAGAUAUACUUACUCAAUGGCAAGUGCAUGAACAGGAAAACUCCGUUCUGCUUUGCAAGCAUCCUGGGAACUUU